CCAAAGUUAUCAUUCUUUUGAUAAUGUCUAUGAUAAUCAUAAUGGCCUUGUAAAAAAUCAUAGAUCUACUAGAUUCUAGAUCUAGUAUUUAGAUACUAUAUAGGGUCUAUCAACACGGUACUUUAAUUAAUAUCUAGAUCUGUAUCAAGUGUAUCACUUUUUUUUUUCCAUUGGCAUAUGUUUUCAACUGUUGUAAAACGCAAGGCCAAGGCUGACUUAUUUAUAUAUUUCAAAAUUCAAGGUAGUGAUCAAUCUAGUCUGAGGAAUCCUAGACAUUUUCAAAUCCAGAGGUAGUCCACAAUCAUAGCAAGAUGAGUCAUGAUCACAUGGCCAUGGCCACAACCACAAUGGGGCCUCACAACCAUCCCAUGAACACUACAAUGAACCAUAACCAACACAACAUGCCUGGAAUGGACCACUCAGGCAUGGACCACUCUGGUAUGGACCACUCCAGCAUGGACCACAGCAUGCAUGGCAUGAAUAUGAACAUGUCAAUGGAUAUGAAGAUGUACUUCCACACUGGCAUCAUGGAGUAUGUUUUGUUUGAAAGUUGUAUGACAUCAACUGCUGGAGGUAUGGUGGGUGCUUGCUUUAUCAUAUUUUUUGUAGCUGUUCUCUAUGAAGGCCUAAAGUAUUUGAGAGAAGUACUUUUACAGCGUACAAUGACUCCAGCAUCAUAUGCCGAGGCCAGGCUCCCAGCAGGAUCUAGUACAGAACAAAUGGUCAUGCAUGUAGGCCCAUCAGUUAUGAACAGAAUGUUGUCCACAGGUCAUUUCCUGCAGACAUUUCUUCAUAUUGUCCAAGUGUUCAUCUCCUACUGUCUGAUGUUGGUCUUCAUGACCUACAAUGUGUGGUUGUGUCUUGCUGUCAUACUUGGUGCUGGCCUGGGUUACUUUCUCUUUGGUUGGAAGCGUGCUGUGGUUGUGGACUCUAAUGAACAUUGUCACUGAUUUUGUUGUUGUUGAUGUCAACAUUCUUUUAGAAAAAAAAUUUACCAAAAGAUGCAGCUGAAUGUUAAAAACAAAUAAAUAAUUUUGUUGCAUUGUGAACAAUGAUUAUUUAAAUAUUGUUAUUUUAUGAAUGGAGAUUAAAAAAAAAAAAGGCAGGUUGAUAUUCACUAUAGCUUUAUGGAUUUAUUUGUUGCGACUUGUCAAUCCAAACCAAUUGCAUUCUACUUCUGGUCUAUCUAAUGUUAAUGUAUAAUGAUUUUCUUGUCAGUCUGAUACUGAUUGAUCUAUCACUUGGACCAGUUGUUUUUGACAGGAUAGAAGGGGCGGUGGAGGGAAGGAGUGGGUUGCUGUGUAUGUUUCAGUGGGAUGUACAGUUUGUUGAGUGGUUUAGUUCUAAUAACAAGGAGAAUUAAUUAGAGAAACAAAAAAUGUAUUUAAUUCACUCAAAUGCUUAUACAUACAUAGAUAUUAUGUACUUGAAUAUGUAUCAUUGCUGACUUGUUGCCUUUAUAUUGAGCGUAAUCAUCAAAUUAUAAGAACUCAAAAGAAAUAUGUUUAUUUUUCUGUAUGUUUCGCACAUUAAGAUUUUAUUGAUAAAGUGUUUUUAUUUUCACUGUGUACAAUUUCAGAAAUUCACUAAGGCUUUGUGGUAUUUUCAUUUGUAGUGUGACAAAACUAUGUAGAGCCAUUCCAAGCAACUAUUGAUGAACUCUGUUUGCAUAAAUAGAAAAUGCAGCAAAACACAAUUUUACUUUUAAUCUUUUAAAUUGUCAAACAUUUAAAACUUUAUAAUCUUCAUUUUGGGCUGUGAUAUUGGCUAAUAUUAACUCAUGAAACAUUGGAGUCUUGGUGUCUUGAUCCCUCACCAUAAAAGUCACUAGAAACCAUUUUAUUUGACUGACAAAUGUGUCCUCUAAUAAAGUUUUUAUCUUUACAAACCUACAGAGAAGAGUUUCUGAAACAGAGAGUUGACAGAACCCAACUUCAAACUGUAGACCUUACGGUUAGGGCCAGUGUUUCCCAAGCUUUGUCUUGAACACAACUCUUUGCACAUUUUGAGAAUCUAGCGGAGCACUUGGCUAUUUUUUGUUUAGAGAGAUGAAUUCACCUGGUGGCCUACUAGUUCAUUCUUCCAUUAGUUUGUGGAACACCCAGUUAGGCCUCGCUGAGCACUAGGGUUCCACAGAACAGUUUGGGAAACACUGUUGUAUUGUUGGCUCAGGAACUACAGAUCUAUGAAUUGUGUGAAGUUCUAUAUAAGUACAAUGUUCCUUGACGCAGAAACUCACAAAAACUAGAAAAGUCUUCAUUCGAAUAAAUAAGUAGGCAGAGUGUUAAACUAUUAUUUAAAGAAAUACAUUUGAACACAUCUAAACAGGAUUUUUGUUUCAUUGGUGGCAGAGAUUUCACUAUCACCAAAAAGAGGCACCAGUUAGUAAAAUGUGGGUGGCUAGUCCACUUAUUUGCAUGUCAUAAGCAUAAUAUUUGUAUUUAGCACACGUGUGUGUUUAUUAUUUCUAUGUACUUGUUGAACUUUGACUUCCCUUCCAAAAAUAUGGCCUGGAAAAGAAAAUUCUAUAAUGGAUUCAACAA